UGGAUGCUUUCAAGAGAGAGCUAGAUAGGGCUCUUAAAAAUAGCAGAGUCGGGGGAUAUGGGGAGAAGGCAGGAACGGGGUACUGAUUGGGGAUGAUCAGCCAUGAUCACAUUGAAUGACUCACAUUGAAUUGGCUCGAAUGGCCUACUCCUGCACCUAUUGUCCAUUGUCUACAGGGAGAUUGGUACACAUGUGGAAGUCAGCAGGGUGUAGUGAGGUGGGCAACAUCUGAGUGUGGGCUUUCUCAUUCCAGUCUCCAUGCCCCUCAGCGGAAGAACUUUGUAUCAGAUCAUCAACGUGGUGCCCGUGCGGAGGUGGAAGGAACUGAUGCGUUUGCUGGAGCUGAAGGAGAGCGAGAUGGAACGGAUCGAGAUGGAUGUGGCCUACUCCAGAGAACGGCAGUAUGAGAUGCUCCGACAGUGGAGCCAACGACAGGCGGCCUCCAUGGAGUCCCUGUACCAGGCCUUGGAGAUCAUGAACUUGACUGGACUAGGAGAGGAACUGAAAACCAACCUGCUCAACCACUCCAACUCUCUCCAUUAAUCGAAGGUUGACACAAAAUGUUGGAGUAACUCAGCGGGACAGGCAGCAUCUCUGGCUGGAUGGAACGGGUGACAUUUCGGGUCGAGACCCUUCUUUCUCCCCAUUAAUCCCCUGCCCAUCGCAAUAUUUGGAUACCACAGAUUACGAUGUCAAAUCCACUGUCCUAGAAAGACAGCACCAAAAGUGAUCAACGUGAGGUCUAGCUUGUCCUGCAGCCGAGAAAUAUUGGUAAAACCUGAAUUUUAGGGCAUGGUUUUAGUAAUUUA